AUGACGGCCGACAAGGAGAAGAGAAGGGCGAUCAGCCGAGAGGCGGCCAGAAAGAGACGUCAGGUGGAGUCUGAGGUGUUUGGAGAUUUAUCUCGGCUGCUGCCUCUCCAACCGUCGGUCCGAGCCAACCUGGACAAGCCCUCUGUCAUCCGCCUCACUCUCAGCUACAUACGCAUGCACACACUGCUCAAAGUGAACUCUGCGACAGAGGCAGAGACCAGUCAGAGUGUACAAUAUGGCGACGUGUUGGAAGGUGGAGAGGAAGUGUGUGACGGAGGACGAGAAGAGGGGGAGAAAGACACGGAGGAAGCCGAGGCCUCGGGGGAGACAAGUCUGCAUCUGAGCAUCCUGGAGGGAUUUCUGAUGGUUUUAUCCUCUGAGGGAGACAUGGUCUACCUGUCAGACAAUGUCAGCAAAUACAUGGGCUUGACACAGACCGAGUUGAUGGGACACAAUAUUUUUGACUUUAUUCACCCCUCUGACCGCGAAGAAAUCAGAUCUAAUCUACAGCUGAUGUCAGAGGGACUUUGGAGAGCUGCCACCAGGACUUUCGUCCUGAGGAUAAAAAGCACUCUGACCCAAAGAGGAAGAAGCGCCAACCUCAAAUCAGCGACGUGGAAGGUUCUGCACUGUCAGGGUCGAGUGAUGGUGUGUUCAGCUCCCUCCGCGGGGUCCUGCCUGCUGCUCACCUGCCAACCUCUGCCCCUGUCUCACACACUCCUCAGCACACACACCUUCACCAGCCAGCACAGCAUGGACAUGAGGUUCACGCACUGUGACCAGAGAGUGACUUUGCUUUUAGGCUACAGUCCUGUCGAGCUGCUCGGUCGUUCCAUUUACGAUCUCUGUCACACACUGGACACAGACUGUCUGACCAAGAAUCACCUGAACCUGUGUUUUAAGAGCCAGUCGGUCAGCGGUCAGUACAGGAUGCUGGUGAGAGGUGGAGGUUACGUCUGGGUGGAGAGUCACUGCGCCGUCAUCCCCAGUGUCCGAGCUUCCAAGUCCAGGCCCCGCUCGUACCAGCCUCUCUGCAUCCUCUGUGUUACCUACAUCCUCAGUGGAGUGGAGGAGCCGUCCCUGCAACUCUCUUUGGACCAGACUAUCAACAGAUAUCACAGCUGAAAAUGUAUUAACAGUGGUUCUGUAGAAAAACAACAAUCGGCUCGUAUACUUCCUUCCGUUAAAUGAUUUCUGUCGAGAUAGCUUUGAUCAAAUAUAAGAGUUUCUCACUCAAACUGAGGUGCUGUCUUCUGAUAUUUCUCACUUUGCAAUUUUUGAUUUGCACGUUGCCGGAAAUAUUUAAACAAUCUGAGGUGUUGGUUUCCACCAGACGCUUCAACAGAACCUGAGGAAGAAAACGACUUAUU